AUGGCCAAACCAGCGGCACCGUCGUGUCUCCACGUGCAGCAGAGGCACGGCGACGCGGUCGAAGACGAUCUGUUGCCGUUGGACUACCAUCCGCCGCCGAUAACCUCGGAGCUGCUGGAAGACCUCUACGCCGGCGGCGGCUCCUCCUCGGGUGGCCCCAACGCGGACCUGGACAUGGAGCACGCCAUGCUCGAGCGCAGGGAGGAGGCCGCGCGCCUCGAGACCGCCGAGCUCCGCAGCCUGGCGCGCUCCUUGGAGGAGCUCUACUCGCACGCCACGACGGGCCGCGCCGACAUCGUCGCGCAGCUCCUCGAGGUCAUCGACGACGAGGACCGCCGCGCCGUCGUCAGCCUCGGCGACGACAGGGCCCUGUGCGUGCCCGUCCUCGGCGCCGUCGACCGCGCGCUCCUCACGCCCGGGGCCAACGUCGCGCUGCGCGACUCCGCCAGGGCGCCCACCCUCCUCGACGUCCUCCCCGCCCGGGACGCGGCCUGGGCCUCGCCCCUCGUCUCCGAGAGCCCGAGCGUCACCUACGCCGACGUGGCCGGCUGCGAGCAGCAGAAGCGGGAGCUGCCCGAGGCCAUCGAGCUGCCGCUGACGCACCCGGAGCUCUUCGCCAGCGCCGGCAUCGACCCGCCGCGCGGCGUGCUCCUGCACGGCCCGCCCGGCACCGGCAAGACCAUGCUGGCCCGCGCCAUGGCGCACCACGUCUCUUCUUCUUCCUCGGGCGCCCGCGCGUCGGCAACAUUCAUCGCCGUCAGCGGCUCCGAGCUCGUGCACUGCCACGGCGGCGAGGGGCCCCGCAUGGUGCGCGACCUCUUCCGAACCGCCCGCGCCCGCGCCCCCGCCGUCGUCUUCUUCGACGAGGUCGACGCCAUCGCGCUGUCCCGCGCCGACUCCGACUCCGCCGCCGACCGCGAGGUGCACCGUAUCCUGAUCGAGCUGCUCGCCCAAAUGGACGGCUUCGAUCAGUCCGCUAGCGUGAGCGUGAUCAUGGCGACCAACCGCGACCCCGACGAGCUGGACGCGGCGCUGCUGCGCCCGGGGCGCGUGGACCGGAAAGUGGAGUUCACGCUGCCGGGGAGGAAGGACAAGAGGCUGAUGUACGCCAAGUGCACGUCCGGGAUGAGCCUCGGGGACGGCGUCGACUACCUAGAUCACCUGGCGGCCCGGGACGACGGCAUGAGCGCCGCCGAGGUCGACGCCGUGUGCCGUGAGGCCGGCAUGUGCGCCGUCCGUGCCCGCCGGAGCGUCGUCACGCGUGAGGACUUUCAGGAAGGCUACCGCAAAGUCGCCGCCAAUGUCGUCCGAGGCGCCGACCAGUUCUACUUCUAUAGCUAG